AUGCCGGCGCAUAAAGGGAUCAAGUUGCACAUAAUUUCGCAAUGGGAGUUGAAAAUGCAUCCAGAGUUCCCGCAUCCAGAAAGUACUCAAUUCACAUUUCGAUCACCAAAAUUGGACAAAGAAGCUUUCGAAGGCCAUGGUCAUUCACCAGCUACUAAAUCUAAUGAUAGCAAGGCCGAUCGUUUACUUGGUAGACAGUCCUCAAUUAUUUCGGUGUAUAUACCAUCAGCAUCAGGAUCUCGAUUUUUUAUACGCUAUAAUGUCGGCGGCGCCGCAGAUCAAGGUCCAUGGUUCUACUUCAAGUUAUAUAUGAAUGGCCGACAUGUUACAUCUUGGGGAACAAAUACUAAGAACCGACCGAGCGGGCAGGUGAUGAGAGCAUUGUUCGAACCAGGUGUAGAAUGGGACUACAUGGAAGGUAAAACAACUUACAAGAAUCCCGGUACAGAAUACAGACCAUUCUUUUUCAGCCAGGAGAACGGAGACUGUGCUGCUGCAGAUGAUGGUGGUUUGAUCGAGAUCAAGGUCUUUCGCGCUCGCGGUCGCAAGAGAAGGAACCCACAGCUUGCUCAAUACAAAGAUCAGUCAAAGUAUGGUGUUAUCAUGCCUACUCAUGGCCUUGUAGAGAAACCUCAAGAUACGAAAUAUUACGACUGGCAUUUGAAGGAUGCGAAAGACAAUCCAUUUGUAACAUUCAAAUUUCAUUACAGAAGUUGGGAUCACCUGGAAAAGUUGCAUCUUAUACCUCCUAACCAUCCCAGAAUUCUCGAAGCACAGGUACCAGCUAUGGCUAGGCACCUAAUGGCUUCAAGUCAGAUUAUACCUCAACCGGACCAACGAACUGAAUCACCACAUACUCCAACAAAAUACUUGGGCAAAGUUUAUACUAGCGAUCAAGUACACGAUUCUCUCCGAGCUGCCUACCCUCCAUUCGACCUUAGCGGGAGUCCCUACGAUUCUGAUGAAAGACAACCUUGGAUGCCUCGAAUCUUGGACACAGGCCAACUAGAUUCGUUAUUAACGGUCAAGAAGGAUCAUAGAGAUGCAUUUAUUGUUUCUUCUAAUUCAGCCACGGAGCCCGAUCCUUUCUAUAUAUCAUCUGGAGAAAAAGGUAUCCAGAGAAAAAUCAUGCCAAUUUCAAAAUUUUCAGCGCUGUCCAUUGAUGGAGCUGGAUUGGCAUCUUCACAUGAAUGGUUGGCUAGUGAGUACAAUACUAGACCAUUACCUGAUAUACCAAGUCGGACUUCAUCUGCAGCUUCGCGUGCAUCAGCAACAUCUCGUGCACCAUCUGUCACUCCUUCUUUGUUAUCUUAUAUCGAUAGAGAUCAGCCGUCUCCCGAUCCAGUCAUUGGAACUGCAAUUGCAAUAUCUAUUGAGUCGGAUGUUUCUGAGAUAUCUAACGAAUACGGGGAUGACAGUGAAGAAGACGAAUUUGAUGAGGAAUAUAAUUUUGAAGGUUCAUCCGCUUUGUCUCCACCACCUUCUAGAACUGAUCCCAGGAGACAAGGAAUUAUCUCAUCAUCAACAGUCCAACCUUCUAUCUCCCUUCCAAAUGUCACAAUACGUAAGCCGAGGCAUUCAAUAGAUGAUAUCUCGCCUUUGAGAAUCCCACCAAGAAAAGAAUCCAUCACCGCUAAAUCAUAUAUCAGCACAGCAAGCGACGACAACACAGGCACACUUUCCCUUACCGAGUCAGAGUGGAUGCGACGUACACCCUCCCCUGUAAAAGAAUCAGAAUGGAUGCGUCGUACUCCGUCCCCUAUCAAAGAAUCGGAGUGGAUGCGACGUACUCCCUCUCCCGCCAAGGAAACUAUAAUCGAAAGACUUUGGAGUUCAACACCAGAAAAGAGGGAAAAUUUGAAGAAUAGAUUGUUAUCUCCGGAAAGAAUGGCUGAAAUGAUGGAGUUGAGUAUGACAGAAGAUGAUGAUGACUCACCCCAGCAGGAAUAUGAUGUUGAAGACAAUGCAUGGGAUGUAGAUAGGGGCUUAGAUGGUGGUGCAGUGGAAUUGGUGACUUUACAUCAUCAGCAUUGUCUAAGUGAACGAAGGGGAAGAGAGAAUGUUGGAGUAGAUUAUGAUGAUGGAAAUGUCUCUGGUGAUUAUGAAGUUAAUGCUAUGAAAUUGAGGGAGAAGAACGGAAGUGGGGGUUCACCGGAAAGUUUUGAGAACCGUAUGAGUAUGAGGGAUGGGAAUUGGAUCUAA